AUGAACAAGCCCGUCCUGAAGCCCAGCAAGCCCCUCAUUCUAGCUAACCGUAUCGGGGAGCGGCGCCGGGACAGGGGCGAGGCGACCUGUAUCACAGAGAUGUCGGUGAUGAUGGCUUGCUGGAAGCAGAAUGAGUUCCGCGACGAAGCGUGCAGGAAAGAGAUCCAGGACUUCUUCGAUUGUGCUUCGAAGGCCGAGGCAGCCCGAAAGAUGAGAUCAAUCCAGGGAGAGUAUGGGAAUUUACCCCCCCAGAAAGUGAAUAUGUUGUUACAGAGGUUUCCUAACAAGUCACAUCUCAGCUGAAAAUGGAGAAGCAUUUUCAAUGACUGGACUGUAGCUUCUGAGAAUAUACAGAGGCGUUUUAGAGACAUUUGCACUGCCGUGCUCUAUUUGAAGGGUAAAAGGUGGCGAAACACUUUUUUCACCCUUUGGAAUUAAUGUCUGGGUGGAAGUUAUGCUUUAUCUUGAAAUAAACUCCUCUGAAGAGAA